AUGUCCGCCAAGAUCUUCCUCACAGGAGCGACCGGCUACAUCGGUGGCGACGCCCUUCACCAGCUGUACCAGAAGCACCCCAACUUCGAAUAUGCGCUCCUCAUUCGAACAGAAGACAAGGCAAAGAAGGUCCUUGAAAAGUUUCCCAACGCUCGAAUCGUAAUCGGAGGUCUGGAUGACCCCGAAAUACUCGAACGCGAAGCAGCAUGGGCAGAUAUCGUGAUUCACACUGCCGACUCUUCGGACCAUGCAGGGGCCGCCAAGGCCAUCUCCAAGGGUCUCGUACAAGGCCACUCCCCGUCUCGGCCGGGAUUCUGGUUGCACACAGGCGGCACCGGUAUCCUGACCUACUUCGACUCUGAAGUCAAGAAGACGUUUGGCGAGCACGAUGACAAGGUCUUCAACGACUAUGAGGGAGUUGACGAGCUUGUCAAUCUGCCAGACGCUGCUUUCCACCGCAACGUAGACCAGAUCGUCCUCGAGACCGGCAACAAGCACUCAGACUCCGUUAAGACCACCAUCGUGUGCCCGCCGACAAUCUACGGCCAAGGGCGAGGCCCAGUCUCCGGACGUGGCCGACAGGUUUACGAGCUUGCAACAUUUGUGUUGAAGGAGGGGUACUCUCCCCGCAUCGGCAAGGGACUUUCUCGAUGGAACAACGUCCACGUCUACGACCUCAGCGUGGUGUUCGAGCUGCUAGUCGAGGCGGCGCUGGAUCCUUCCCGCAAGGAUGACAAGGAGAUCUGGGGAGCGCAUGGAUACUUCCUCACCGAGAACGGUGAGCAUGUUUGGGGCGACCUGUCGACGCUGGUUGGCAAGGAAGCACACAAGCAGGGCUAUAUCAAGGGCGGGGAGCCGGAGGUUCGAGCUCUGUCUUACGAGGAGGCUGUCAAGUCGUCAGCUGGAUUCGAGGCGGCGAGCUGGGGUAUGAACUCGCGCGGCGCUGCUGUGCGAGCCAAGAAGGUUCUUGGAUGGAAGCCGCAGGAGAAGAGCCUAGAGGAUGAAGUGCCCGCGAUCGUUCGGUCGGAAGCUGCGCGAUUGGGACUUUAA